AUGCAAGCCUCCUCCUCCCUAGCAAGGCACCCUGCAUGGGCCCCACGUGACGCCCCCGCCGCCCCCCGCCGCCGCGUCCCUCCGCCGUCGGCCCCCAGCCUCCGCCGCCCGCCGCCCAUCUCCGCGGCGGCCGCCCUCAAGCACCAGAGAACGACCCACUCGAUGCCACCCGAGAAGGUGGAGGUGUUCAGGUCCCUGGAGGGGUGGGCCUCCCAGAACGUGCUCCCCUUGCUGAAGCCGGUGGAGCAGUGCUGGCAGCCCCAGGAGUUCGUCCCGGACUCGUCCCUGCCCACGGACGAGUUCACGGACCGCGUGGCGCAGCUCCGGGAGCGGACGGCCGAGCUCCCCGACGAGUACUUCGUGGUGCUCGUGGGGGACAUGGUCACCGAGGACGCCCUGCCCACGUACCAGACCAUGAUCAACACCCUCGACGGGGUCCGGGACGAGACCGGGGCCAGCCCGUGCCCGUGGGCCGCGUGGACCCGGGCCUGGACCGCCGAGGAGAACCGGCACGGGGCGUACCUCUACCUGUCGGGCCGGGUCGACAUGCUCAUGAUCGAGAGGACGGUCCAGUACCUGAUCGGAUCCGGAAUGGACCCUGGAACGGAAAACAACCCGUACUUGGGAUUCGUCUACACGUCGUUCCAGGAGCGAGCCACGUUCGUCUCCCAUGGCAACACGGCCCGGCUGGCCAAGGAGGGCGGCGACCCGGUGCUCGCGCGCAUAUGCGGGACCAUCGCAGCCGACGAGAAGCGCCACGAGAACGCCUACUCGAGGAUCGUCGAGAAGCUCCUGGAGGUGGACCCCGCGGGCGCGAUGGUCGCGAUCGCCGACAUGAUGCGCAAGAAGAUCACGAUGCCCGCGCACCUGAUGUACGACGGGCAGGACCCGAAGCUGUUCGAGCACUUCUCGGCCGUGGCGCAGCGGCUGGGCGUGUACACCGCCGACGACUACGCGGACAUACUCGAGUUCCUGAUCGGCCGGUGGAGGCUGGAGAAGCUGGAGGGGUUGACGGCCGAGGGGAGGCGGGCUCAGGACUUCGUCUGCGGGCUCGCGCCCCGGAUCAGGAGGCUCCAGGAGCGGGCUGAGGAGCGAGCCCGGAUGAUGGGCCCACAGGGUGUAAGGUUCAGCUGGAUGUUCAACAAGGAGAUCAAUCUCUACUCCUAAAAAUCUACAUGGGAAGACAGGAAGGGAAAAAGAAAAGAGAGUGUGAAGCUUCGUUUUGAGGUUUCAAGACAGUUCAGUUUGGCUUUGAGAACAGAAGUUGCAUGAAAGAUGACUGAAGCUUAAUUUUCAGUUCAAAGUGUAUUAUAAACUUAGAAGUGUGGCUGGUAGAUUACAAUAUGGAUUAUGUUCUUGUUCAUUCACUUAAAUUCCAAUCAGGACCUUUGUUUCAACAAGAAAAUGUUGAGUUCCGUAA